CAGGAUCGGGGAAUUCUGCCCGGCUGGUGUUUCGCAUAAAUGCAGGGGAAGGAUGAGGAGAAUCCCAGACAUGUUUCAGAGCAGCAGCUCAGCAGACAGAGCGAGGAGCGUCAUGGGUCACAGUGAGAGCAAGGAGCUGGUGGUGGAGAUGAACUCCGAGGAUCCGCUCCUCCUCAUCAUCAACCACUGCCGGGAGAUGAAGCAGCAGGAGGCCAGGCUCCGGAUCGUCACCCUGCUGCUGCUGCUCGGCUGCUCUGCGCUCACCGUCUUCACGUGCCUGGAAUUCAGCUACCGGAAAGCGCCGGCAGACUCCGCGUCUGAAUCUGCCCUAGCCGCACAGAAGGCUGAAUGUCCUUCAGGACCCUCCACAGCUGGACCCUCCACAGCCGGACCCUCCACAGCUGGACCCUCCACAGCUGGACCGUCCACAGCUGGACCCUCCACAGCUGGACCCUCCACAGCCGGACCCUCCACACCCAGUCCUCUGCGCAUUGACCUCAGGCUUCAUUUCAGUGAGAUACCUGGACCUGUACUGGAAUGGGAACCAGGGGAGACCAUAAACAACAUAAACGACUACAACAGCGACAGCAGAGCCAUCGUGAUCCCCGCACCGGGUUAUUACUUCGUCUACUUUCGUUUUUUGUUAGCCUGUGAGGAAAAGAAGGAGGAGGAAGUCAUGGAGUUUUUCCAUGUGAAGCUGCUGUCGAGUAACAAAGGGUACGGAGAAGAGGAAAUCCCUCUGAUGGAAGUCAAAGAGAGUAUGAGCUCCUCUGAGGACAGACGCCGGACUGCUUCUGUUGGCCAGCUGUUCCACUUGUCAGAAGGAGAUCAUCUAAAGGUGUUUGUACUGAAAGGCUUGAAACUGCUGGUAAAGGGAUCGUUUGGAGCUUUUCAGCUGUGA